AUGUUUGAUAAUAUACCAAUAAUAGACAAAUAUGAAGUAGCGAUUGUUGGGUCUGGACCAGUGGGAUGCACCUUUGCUCGCAAGAUUAUUGACGCAGGCUAUAGCGUCAUCAUGGUAGAGGCUGGUGCAAAAGA